GUAGAAAAUUCAUAAACGCGUCGUCCAUAGAACAAGCGAUUUAUGGGUUUGCAACUGUACGAUGUUUAAUUGGUGCUUUGCUUGUGUGUCCAGUAAAGCAGCAGUAAUGCAAUCAUAAUCUCACACAAAAGUAUUUAAAUCUUUCCACCAGCUUCUUUUCAUUAUUAUUACUGUAAUCAAAUUCCUUAUCCUCUAAAAAAUUCUCAUUCUCUGUUUUUCCUGCUGAUUACGCUUCAAGAUCAUUUCAAGAAAGAUACUUUCAUAUGGCAAUUCUUGAAGAUAACCAGGAGCAUGGGUGGAUAGAAAAAGUGAAAUCAGAAGGUUCUGUACCGCUGCUUGAGCCAGGUCACUGUCCAAAUGGUUGGGCUUCUCCUCCCGGAGAUGUUUUCAAGGUUAGAGGGCCAGAAUACUUAAAGACAAAGGCUAAGAUUCCUGGUGGUGAUUAUCUUCUUAAGCCUCUUGGUUUUGACUGGAUUAAAGGACCAACCAAGAUUUCAGAGCUCUUAAAUAGUACAAAAAGUCGUGUUAGGAGAGCUCUCGAUGAUGAAAUUUCUAAGGAUUGUAAAAAGCCUUUCAUUUGGGCUUUCAAUUUGCAAGUCCCAAGCAAGGAAAACUAUAGUGCUGUUGCUUAUUUUGUGGGUAUGGAGCCAAUACCUGAGGGCUCUUUGAUGGAUCAAUUCCUAAAAGGGGAUGACGGAUUCAGGAAUUCAAGAUUAAAAUUGAUAGCCAACAUUGUCAAAGGCCCUUGGAUUGUGAGAAAAGCAGUUGGAGAGCAGGCUAUCUGCAUUAUCGGCCGAGCAGUUACUUGCAAGUAUUGUUUAGGAGAAAACUUUAUCGAAGUUGAUAUAGAUAUUGGAUCUUCAGUGGUUGCAAAUGCAAUUGUUCAUCUUGCAUUUGGUUACAUAACAAUGCUUACUGUUGACUUAGCUUUUCUUCUUGAGGGCCAAACCGAAUCAGAGCUUCCAGAACAAAUCUUAGGAGCCGUUAGAUUUUCUGAGCUCAAUACUGCUUCAGCAAGGCAAGUUGAACUGCAUUCUGAGAAGAGCACAGAGAAUUUGCAGUCAUCACUUCCAACAAGAUUUUGGAAAUCACUUGGUCAGGGCUUCUCCCAUCUUAUUAAGCCAGGUGGUCAAGAAAGUGAUUCCAACUCCCAUGCAGCAUAUGUCAAUGGGGAUGUUGAUAACAAAAGUAUUGCAGAUGUCAGCAAGUUAUAGGUCCUUGUCGCCACAUAUAUCACAUUUGAUUCCCAUUAGAAGAGAUUAAUACAUUACUUUGCAGUUCUUCGAAGUGCAUAUUGAACCUUGAGCUUCCGGAUUGCAAGUUGUACUUGCUUCAUGUAUAUUUAUUGUGGUAUAAAUUGGAAUGAACUGCCCAUCCGAGAGCAGCAAUAUAUCUCCUGUUUUUAGCAUGAGUCUUGCGAUUUCAACAUUAGUUAUUCACACACUCACCGUGUCUAUGUUUAUUGUACAAGAUCAGUACAAAUGACAAUGGAAUUGCAUCCUCUAAUGAAUUCUGUACAUGUUUUCCUUUUGAUGUUUCCCUUCUUUUCUCUUUGUUUCAAAGAGAGGAAGCAUGUA